AUGAAGAAAGUGUGGCUCAUGACUGGACUCAUGAUCACUGCUCUCUGCUGCUCGGCCACACCGUGGGCACCCAACGCGGCGGCUCCCAGUCAGUGCUGCUUCAGCUUCAGCUCAAAGGAGAUCCCUCCGAGUCGCAUUAUCUCUGUCGUCCCGACUGGCAAAAGGUGCUCCAAGAAGGGCUUCAUAGUCACCACUCCUCAAGGAAAAGUGUGUGUCGCCCUGAACCAGGGGUGGAUGAAAAGAAAAAUAGUGGAUUUGCUUGAUUCUUAA